AAUGAGUGUGUAUGAGGAGAGAGAGCAGGAGAAUCCUGUUGACACUCAGAGAGCAGCAUCUCCAGGAUUCAGUUAUGUGUCUAUGAAGAGCAACAACUCCAUGGGUCUGCCCCCUGUUCUCAGUGAUGUUGACUCUCAGAGAGCAGCAUCUCCAGGAUUCAGCAGUGUGUCUAUGAAGAGUAACAACUCCAUUGGUCUGCCCCCUGGUCUCAGUGAUGUUGACGCUCAGAGAGCAUCAUCUCCAGGAUUCAGCAGUGUGUCUAUGAAGAGUAACAACUCCAUGCAUCUGCCCCCUGUUCUCAGUGAUGUUGACGCUCAGAGAGCAUCAUCUCCAGGAUUCAGCAGUGUGUCUAUGAAGAGUAACAACUCCAUUGGUCUGCCCCCUGGUCUCAGUGAUGUUGACGCUCAGAGAGUAGCAUCUCCAGGAUUCAGCUGUGUGUCUCUGAAGAGCAACAACUCCAUGGGUCUGCCCCCUGGUCUCAGUGAUGUUGAUACUCAGAGAGUAGCAUCUGCAGGAUUCAGCUGUGUGUCUAUGAAGAGUAACAACUCCAUUGGUCUGCCCCCUGGUCUCAGUGAUGUUGACGCUCAGAAAGUAGCAUCUGCAGGAUUCAGCAGUGUGUCUCUGAAGAGCAACAACUCCAUGGGUCUGCCCCCUGGUCUCAGUGAUGUUGAUACUCAGAGAGCAGCAUCUUCAGGAUUUAGCUGUGUGUCUAUGAACAGUAAUAACUCCAUGCAUCACCCCCCUUAUCUCAGCGAUGCUGACGCUCCGAGAGCAGCAUCCUCAGGAUUCAGCUGUGUGUCUAUGAAGAUUAACAACUCCAUGCAUCAGCUCCCUUAUCUCAGUGAUGUUGACGCUCAGAGAGCAUCAUCUCCAGGAUUCAGCAGUGUGUCUAUGAAGAGUAACAACUCCAUUGGUCUGCCCCCUGGUCUCAGUGAUGUUGACGCUCAGAGAGCAGCAUCUGCAGGAUUCAGCAGUGUGUCUGUGAAGAGUAACAACUCCAUGGGUCUGCCUCCUGGUCUCAGUGAUGUUGACGCUCAGAGAGUAGCAUCUGCAGGAUUCAGCAGUGUGUCUAUGAAGAGUAACAACUCCAUUGGUCUGCCCCCUGGUCUCAGUGAUGUUGACGCUCAGAGAGCAGCAUCUGCAGGAUUCAGCAGUGUGUCUAUGAAGAGUAACAACUCCAUUGGUCUGCCCCCUGGUCUCAGUGAUGUUGACGCUCAGAGAGUAGCAUCUGCAGGAUUCAGCAGUGUGUCUGUGAAGAGUAACAACUCCAUGUAUCUGCCUCCUGGUCUCAGUUACGUUGACGCUCAGAGAGUAGCAUCUCCAGGAUUCAGCUGUGUGUCUAUGAAGAGUAACAACUCCAUGCAUCUGCCUCCUGGUCUCAGUUUUGUUGACUCUCAGAGAGUAGCAUCUCCAGGAUUCAGCUGUGUGUCUAUGAAGAGUAACAACUCCAUGCAUCUGCCCCCUGGUCUCAGUGAUGAACUUGCUGUGACCUCUGACUCUUUUAUUAUCAGCAGGAAGAGAAAGAGAGCAGCUUCUCCACUGCAGCCCCCUGAUCUCAGUGAUGGAUCAGUUGGCUGGAGAGCUGAUCAGAUCAGAUAUGUGUCCUGUCAGAGCUUCACAUCCUCUUACAGUCAGAACCACUUCAGUCAUCAUGACACAGAAGCAGAUCUGCAGCUCGAUUCUCACCAAACAGUGCAUGAUGAUCUUCAGAGAGUCAAAAACCAGCACAAAACCAGCAUGAAGAACAAGUAUGAGCGCUUAUUUGAGGGAAUCAAACUACAAGAGAAUAAAACCCUCCUGAACAGGAUUUACACACAGCUGUACAUCAUAGAGGGAGAGAGUGAAGGAGUGAAUGAAGAACAUGAGGUGCUACAGAUGGAGAAAAGUUACAGGACACUCCAAGACACUCCAAUCAACUGCAAUGACAUCUUUAAUCCUUCACCUGAACCAGGAUAUGAGGAGAAGAGAAGACAGAAAAAUGACACAAUAAAGACUGUUCUUACUAAAGGCAUCGCUGGAAUUGGAAAAACCGUCUCUGUGCAGAAGUUCAUUCUGGACUGGGCAGAGGGAAGAGCCAAUCAGGAUGUAGAUUUCAUGUUUGUGCUUCCAUUUAGAGAGCUGAACUUGAUUAAAGAUCAUCAUUACAGUCUUCACAGACUUCUGCUUGACUUUCAUCCUGAACUUCAGUAUCUGGACUCAAAGAUUUAUGAUAAAUGUAAAGUUGUGUUCAUCUUUGAUGGUCUGGAUGAAAGCAGAAUUUCACUGAUGUUUUCAGACUGUCAGAAAGUUUCUGAUGUGACUGAGGUUUCAUCAUUGAGUCUGUUGAUGUCGAACCUCAUGAAAGGAGAUCUGCUUCCCUCUGCUCUCAUCUGGAUCACCACCAGACCAGCAGCAGCCAAUCAGAUCCCCUCCAACUACAUCAACCGUGUGACAGAAAUUCAGGGAUUCAAUGACCCUCAGAAGGAGGAAUAUUUCAGGAAGAGAAUCAGUGACGAGCAUCAAGCCAGCAGAAUCAUCUCACACAUCAGAAGAGCAAGAAGCCUCCACAUCAUGUGCCACAUACCUGUCUUCUGCUGGAUCUCAGCCACUGUGCUUCAAAACAUCCUGAAACAAGAUCUCAGUGCAGAAAUCCCUCAAACUCUGACUGAAAUGUACAUCUACUUCCUGCUCAUUCAAACAAAUAUGAGGAACCAGAAGUAUGAAGUGAGAGAUUCAGAGAAACCCCUGCAGUCCAACAGAGAAGUGAUUGUGAAACUGGCUGAACUGGCUUUCAAUCAGCUGAUGAAGGGCAAUGUGAAGUUUUAUGAGGAGGACCUGAGAGAGAGCGGCAUAGACGUCACUGACGCCUCGGUGUAUUCUGGGAUUUGCACUGAGAUCUUUAGGGAGGAAUCUGUGAUUUAUCACAGGAAGGUUUACAGCUUUGUACAUCUGAGCUUUCAGGAGUUUUUUGCAGCACUGUAUGUGUUUUACUGUUGUUUACACAAGAACAGUGAGGUUCUGAAAAUGUUCCUGACAGGAAAGUCCAGAACUCAGUGUGAGGAUGUUCCUCUGGAUGUGUUUCUGAAGGGAGUAAUGAAUGAAGCCUUGAAGAGUAAAACUGGACACCUGGAUCUUUUCCUUCGGUUUCUUCAUGGCGUCUCACUGGAGUCUAAUCAGAGACUCUUACAGGAUGUGCUGAUACACACAGAGAACAACCCAGAGAGCAUCAAGAAAAUAAUCCAAAACCUCAAACGAGGUCAAAAAAACAAUGUCAGUCCUGAAAGAUGGAUGAAUCUAUCAUACUGCUUGAUUGAGAUGAAGGAUAACUCUGUUGUUGAAGAAGUGCAGGCGUUUUUGAAAUCUAAAGCAAAAAGUAAAAGUCUUUCUCUUGCACAAUGCUCAACUUUGGCAAACAUGAUCCUGAUGUCAGAGGAGGUGCUGGAUGAGUUUAACGUUAAUAGGUACAACAUCAAAUCAAAAGAGGGCAGAUGGAGACUGUUACCUGCUGUGAGGAACUGCAGAAAAGCUGUAUUGACAGGCUGUAAUCUCACUGAUCAGCACUGUGAAAUUGUGGCUUCAGUUUUACAAUCAUCAAACUCCCUGAGAGAGCUGGACCUGAAUAACAAUCACCUGCAGGAUUCAGGAGUGGAGCUGCUCUGUGCUGGACUGAAAAGUCCAAACUGUCAACUCAGCAUACUGAGUUUGGCAGGCUGUAAUCUCACUGAUCAGCACUGUGAAGAUGUUGCUUCAUUUUUACAAUCACCAAACUCCCCCCCGAGAGAGCUGGACCUGAGUAACAAUGACCUGCAGGAUUCAGGAGUGAAGCUACUGUGUGCUGGACUGGAGAGUCCAAACUGUCAACUCAACAUACUGAGAUUAUCUGGCUGUAUGGUGACAGCAGAAGGUUGUGCUGCUCUGGCAUCAGCUCUGAGUUCAAACCCCUCACACCUGAGUGAGCUAGAUCUGAGCUAUAAUCACCCAGGAGAUUCAGGACUGAAGCUGCUAAAUGAAGCUGAUAUACUCAAACAACUGGACAAACUCAAUGUGGAUCAUGGAGGAGAGUUCAGGAUCAGAGCAGGACUCCACAAAUACGCCUGUGAUCUCACACUGGAUCCAAACACAGCACACACUCAACUCGUUCUGUCUGAGGAGAACAGAAAGGUGACGCAUGUGUCUGAGUCACAGUCAUAUCCUGGUCAUCCAGACAGAUUUGAUGUGUGGGGUCAGGUUCUGUGUGAAGAGACUCUGACUGGACGCUGUUACUGGGAGACUGAAUGGAGAGGAUAUGAGGUUCAUAUAUCAGUGGUUUAUAAAGGAAUCAAGAGGAAAGGAGCGAGUGCUGACUGUUGGUUUGGAGAGAAUGAAAACUCCUGGAGUCUGAGCUGCUCUGAUCACAGAUUCACUGUCUGGCACAAUAAAAACUCCACUGUUAUAUCUGCUGCUCCAGGCUCCUGUAAGAGAGCAGGAGUGUAUCUGGACGAGUCGAGCGGCAUUCUGUCCUUCUACAGCGUCUCUGACACACACACACUCACACACUUACACACACUCACACACACAUUCACUCAACCACUACACGCUGGAUUUAGACUUUAUUAUAACUCUUCAGUGUCUCUGUGUCACAUUAAACACACACACACCUGACACACACACACACACACCUGACUGACACACACACACACACACCUGACUGACACACACACUCACACACCUGACACACACACUCACACAGACAGACUGACUGACACACACACACACACACACACACACUCACACACACAUUCACUCAACCACUACACGCUGGAUUUAGACUUUAUCCAAACUCUUCAGUGUCUCUGUGCCACAUUAAACACACACACACCUGACUGACACACACACACACACACAUUUACACACAACUGACUGACACACACACACACACACAUUCACUCAACCGCUACACGCUGGAUUUAGACUUCCUUAUUCAAACUCUUCAGUGUCUCUGUGCCACAUUAAACACACACACACCUGACUGACACACACACACACACAUACACUCACACACUUACACACAUCUCUGUCUGUAACAAACACACAUUAUUGGUGUGUAAUCGUGUGAAAGUGUGUGUUUUCAUCUGAACCCGGAGAGAGAAUCUCAGUCUUCAGGAAGUUGAAUAUCAGACACAAGACAGUUUCCUGUUUCAGAGCGUCAGGAUGAAGAUGUUUCUCAGUCAGAGACACUUUCUGUGUUUCUGUCCUCCAACAAACAAACACUGAUGUUUGUGUAAAACCAUUAUAUGUGUCACAUUUACACUGUUGUGUCAUGUUUCUCAGGCCGUAUUUCAGGAGAUCAUGAUAUUUUAGUCUUAUAGAAUGAAUGAAUGAAUGAAUGAAUGAGGGACUGAUGUAGUGCUUUAUUGUGUAUUGCUGGACACCCGAAGCUCUUUACAGUCACAUGAGGGGGUCUCUCCUCAAACAGCACCAGGACGACGACAGCCGUGCGCUCACCACACUCCAGGAGACAGAGACAAUCAGUAGAAUUCAGACUAAAAUUACUUCAUCAUCAUCAUCAUCAUCAUCAUUUAUAUUAUUAUUAUUAUCACAUGUCUGAAACCAACAUUCAAAGCACUGCUAGAGAAAAACAGUGUUUAUGCAAACUGGACUUUAGAUAAAUUAUUUUAAAACAA